GUCCCCGCCCCACAAGGCCCCGCAGGCUCUGCAGGCCGCGCCGCCCGAGGACCCACGCGCCGUCCACCAGCAGCAUGAGCGCUCCCGCCCCGACCCCUAUCUUUGCGCCAGGCGAGAACUGUAGUACCGGGUGGCGUGCGGCACCCGCGGCCUACGACGCAGCGGACACGCACCUGCAGAUCCUGGGCAAGCCGGUCAUGGAGCGCUGGGAGACCCCCUACAUGCACGCGCUGGCAGCCGCCGCCGCCUCCAGAGGGGGCCGGGUCCUGGAGGUGGGCUUUGGCAUGGCCAUCGCAGCCUCCAAGCUGCAGGAGGCCCCCAUCGAUGAACACUGGAUCAUCGAGUGCAAUGACGGCGUCUUCCAGCGGCUCCAGGACUGGGCCCAGCGGCAGCCGCACAAGGUGGUUCCCUUGAAAGGCCUGUGGGAAGAGGUGGCACCCGCCCUGCCGGACGGUCACUUUGAUGGUAUCCUGUACGACACAUACCCACUGUCCGAGGAGACCUGGCACACACACCAGUUCAACUUCAUCAGGGGCCAUGCCUUCCGCCUGUUGAAGCCAGGGGGCGUCCUCACCUACUGCAACCUCACCUCCUGGGGGGAACUGAUGAAGUCCAAGUACUCCGACCUCACCACCAUGUUCCAGGAGACGCAGGUGCUGGCCCUGCUGGAGGCAGGCUUCAGGCGAGAGAACAUCCACACGCAGGAGAUGGAGCUGGUCCCCCCGGCCGACUGCCGCUAUUAUGCCUUCCCUCGCGUGAUCACACCGCUGGUCACCAAGCACUGAGCCCUCCCCACUGCCAG